AUGCUCCCCUCUACUUCCCUCCUCUCAUCACACCCACAGCUGCUCGCAGCAUUCGUUGAAGACGGCAAGCUGCCCCAUCGCCCCUCUCCCUUCAACAGCGACCUGCUACCAGCAGCGCUACGCAGUGCUCAAGAGGGUGCAGGUGCCGUUUCUUGUCUGUCUCACCACCUACCCCUCUCCACCCCCCUGUAUGCCCACCAGCGCUACCAGCAGCGCUAUGCGGUGCUCACGAGGGUGCAGCUGCCACCUCUUGCCUCUCAUGCCUCCCACAACCUCUCACCCCCUUCCCUUGUGCCCCCACUUGUACCCGCCCACCAGCGCUACCAGCAGCGCUACGCGGUGCUCAAGAGGGUGCAGCUGCCCGAGCCGCUCUCCUACGCUGCCUUCCAGCGCGCCGUCUCCCCCGCCGGCCUCUCUGUACGUCCCCAUCCCUCCUUACCCCCACUGCCCGCCGCAUGUUCUCUCCCCUUGCACUUCUUGGCACCAUCCCCCACCAUACAAUCUGCCAGAGCCACUCUCCUACGCUGCCUUCCAGCGCGCCGUCUCCCCCGCCGGCCUCUCUGUACGUCCCCAUCCCUCCUUACCCCCACUGCCCGCCGCAUGUUCUCUCCCCUUGCACUUCUUGGCACCAUCCCCCACCAUACAAUCUGCCAGAGCCACUCUCCUACGCUGCCUUCCAGCGCGCCGUCUCCCCCGCCGGCCUCUCUGUACGUCCCCACACAUCGUUACCCCCACUGCCCGCCGCAUGUCCUCUCCCCUUGCAUUUCUUGGCACCACUCCCCACCAUACAAUCUGCCCGAGCCGCUCUCCUACGCCGCCUUCCAGCGCGCCGUCUCUCCCGUUGGCCUCUCUGUACGACUUCCUUUCCCACAGGUACCAGAUCUCUACCAGAUGUCGCUCGAUUUCUUCUGCACCACCGCCACCCACCUGCCCACCAUCCAGCUUCCUCCUGUGCCCCUCCUCUCCCUCCCCUCUCUCCCUCCCCUCCCUCAGGUGCCAGAGCUCUACCAGAUGUCGCUCGACUUCUUCCGCACCACCGCCACCAACCUGCCCACCAUCCACGCGCUCGCAGCCACAGCCGAACCUGGAGGCACAGCAGGGGCAAGUGAGGCGGUGGAGGGGGAGGUGCAGCGGCUGGAGCGUGUGUGUGCCAGCAACGCCACGGCGCUCUUUGUGGCGCACAGGGCUGGCGCGGGGUCGGUGCUCAAAGCUUCGUUUGAGUUUGCGGCGCAUCCUUUCUUCCCCGUGGUUACCCUCAAGCGUGCUUAG